ACCUGUUAUUACUUGAACGAAUCGCGUGCACGACCAGAAAGAUGGUGGCGACCUUGCAAAUCACAUUUUCCCCUUCAUAGACACAUGAUGGGAUUCCAAAACAUCUUCCGUAAAUACAAGAUUUUGAUUGUUUCAAUUCCAUCUCUGAUCGGAGUUCAUUACUGGUGGUAUAAUUUGCAGUACAACACUAAGUUUAUUCCAGAGAGAGAUAGAAGGAUUUCUGUAUACGGACUACAUCUUGAAAAGGAACGUUUUGGAGAGUACGAACCUAAACCGCCGACCCCUUACUCAGCAGGAGAAAAGAAAGAGUAGAUAGAUAGUUUGAACUAAGUUCCGAGUGCUAGACAAGAUUUCUGAAGUCGCCACAGACAUGAAAUUCUUCAAGGAGUGUGUUUCCUUUGUCUAUCACAAUAAAGUCCUGUCUUUCAUAUCCAUAUUUGGAGCCGUCUACCUUGGAACCUACCCUUUUAAAGAAGCAAAGCUCCCCACUCAACUUGACCGUAUCGCAGAGAGAAAAUCUGAAGUUGAAGCUGUUAGCAAGUGAUAUGUCGUUAGGACAGUGGGCAAUGCGAAACAAGAUCACAGCUGCAGCAGCUGCUUUCGUUACGCUCCAUAUCAGCAUCUACUCUUUACAACAUCUGGCAAAGAAUAAGGAUCAUAAAAUACAUCACCCAAGCUCUCGAAGUAAUGGUGCAACUGCACCGUCGAGUACAGGUUCAUCGAGUUGACUAGAUAGGCAUUAGAAAAAGAUGUCUGCUGUGUCACCUGGGACCAGGGUAGCUGCCCAACAGCCGUCCGAGAUCUCCCAGAAACAUCUGGAGGACAGGGAGACAAGGGACAGUGUGGCACUCCUACUGUCCAUCGUCAAGUCAUGCUACGGUCCACUAGGACGCCUCAAGAUGAUCCAGAAUGCAUCUGGAGGUCAUGUGACUGUCACAUCGUCUGCGUCGCGGCUAUUCCCAGUGCUAACGAUCUCGAAACCCGUCCUGAAACUCGUUACGUCUGCUGUUCAAACACAUCUCCAACAGUUUAAUGAUGGCGGUUUGUUCUCAUCAUUACUCUCCCUCUUCAUGAUCAAGAUAUCUCUAAACUUGGCGGAUGUAAAUAGGAUCCUAAUGUGUGAUGUUUUAGACUAUUUGAAGAAAUUUUGCAUGGAUGUUUUGCUCUCGAGAGAAUGCAACGUGAAGUUCGAUUUAGACUUUUCAAACAUUGAUAUGAUGUUGAUGUUACUCCGAAACAUCAUGGGAACAAAACGAGGAUGUUCUCUAAAUGAUGCCGAACUUCAUCACGUAUGCCAAUUGGUAUUGGAGACAUUUUUGAAAACAUUCAGAGAAUAUGCCAAGGGGAAUGAUUUCAGUCAUGUUGAUAUUGUGGCUGUCGAAGGGGUUUCGCCGCUGAAAUCUUACUUUAUGACUGGUGUGCUGUUCGAAAAACGACACAGUGAAAAACUUGGACAGCAUUUAGACUUUAUAAGGUUGCAACGUGGCGAUUCUAUGGCAAUCCGAUGCUGUUUAGUAGACAUUUCAUUAUCUGGUGACAGUGGCGAGUUUCUAGAUAUCGUUUUUGAAACUGACACCGAUCAUACCUUAGGAGAUGGAAUCAUUGAGAUGAUUUUAAGACUCUGCAAGAAAUUCGAAUCUGAUGGUGUGGGGAUAGUAUUUUGCCAGAAGGUGAUUCAUCCAGCCGUCCAGCAAUUCCUGAGAGAGAAGGGUGUCUUGGCAAUUGACCGACUGGGAUCAGCGAGUGCCAAGGCUGUUCUAGAAUUAACAGGUUGCAUUCCAAUAAGCAGUUUGAUUGCCAGUACGUCUGCUGACAGCUACGGAUACAUAGACACCAUUGAUCACCUUGAACUCGGCAAGAAGCAUUUCUACCACAUCAAGUCAUCACAAAGUCUGGUCUCAACAGUGGCGCUGCAUGGACGGAAUGAAGAAGCACUUGCCGAGUUACAGCAUGUAUUCCGUGUUGGCCUUGACACUCUUCAGAUGGCUGUCUACAAGAAACACAUGGUACCAGGUGGUGGGUGUUUAGAGACAUGCCUGGCCAGCACAGUCAGAAAUCAUGUUCUCACAAAUGAGGAAAAACUGAUGACAAACUUUUCCUGCAGCAGGUCAACUCUUUGCGUUGUUACCCAGACAUUCCUUCAUAGUCUAGAAUCGGUCGCAACAACACUUGAUCCUAACAGUCACCACUUUACAGACAAUGUAACCAACCAUCAUUGGACCGCUAGGCCGAAUUCAUCAAUUGAUGUAGACUAUUCAAAAAUCCUUGUUGAAUGUUGCUGUGGGAUGAUUCAAAACGAUGCAACAAUGGGCUUGCAGUUCAGAGAGAUUUUCCCAGUCUGUUCACAAACUUUUCUUAAAGCGGAGGCUAUGGGAAUGACUCCUGAUUUGGAGAUUGAGAAGAGGAGCCCCAGGGUAUUCGAUCCCUUGCAGGCUAAAUUACAUGCUUUCCACAUUGCGAUGUCAACUGCUAGCAUGGUCCUCAGAGUUGGAAAUUUCAUUAGUGAUACUAACUAAAUGUGACAUUGCUUAGAGAAUAAAGACAUAAGGUGACAUUAUAUUGCCGGUUGUGUUGUAUUUGUCACAAUACAAAAGGAUCUUGACUAGUUUCAUUUUCUUGGGAUGGGAUAAAAUGUACUGAUGGUUGUAUAGUAAUAAGUAAGAUAAGCUGUGAAUACAAAUGCCUCGCCUCGAGAAUAGAUUUUGAUGCUCAUAAUUGUGUGAUAUGCUUGCUUGAAAAUUAUAAUAAAAGAAUAAAAUUUUCUUAUA